AGGGUGGGUUCCUGAAUAAUUGGCAACCCGGUUAAGGCCGAGUCUGUAUACUGGUGUAGGGAGAAGUGUUAGCUAACUGCUAAUAAAAAUGCCACCUAAAGGAAAGGGUGGUAAGGGGGCAAAAGGAGGUGCCUCGGACAGUGGAGACAAGAGUGACAAGAAGGAGAAAGCUCAGAAAGGAGGCACUGCAGUAAAGGUACGCCAUAUUCUUUGUGAGAAACAUGGGAAAUGCAUGGAGGCUAUGGAGAAGCUGAAGUCUGGAGUGCGCUUUAGUGAAGUGGCAUCACAGUACAGCGAAGACAAAGCUAGACAAGGGGGUGACCUGGGCUGGAUGACUCGAGGAUCAAUGGUGGGACCAUUUCAGGAUGCUGCAUUUGCGCUGCCUGUCAGCACAAUGGAUAAGCCUGUAUACACGGAUCCUCCCGUGAAGACAAAGUUCGGCUACCACAUCAUCAUGGUUGAAGGCAAAAAGUGACCUUUGUCCCUGAGUGGACUUCAUGGUUCAUCCAAGCUUUUUUUUUUUUUUUUUUUAAACAAAUGGUGUAAAUAUCAUUUAAUAAAAGCCAAACUGAAAAAGCAUCUUUUUGGACACACACAAACCCCCACACACACUCACAUACACACAAACCCAUACACUCACAUACACACUCACAUACACAUACACACUCACAUACACUCCAUUGAGCCUAGGUAUAAGUCCUUGCUAUAACUGCUAUCUCAUCCUGUAUGUUUUUCUUGCCUUUUGGUCAGUGUUUCCAUGAUCUGAAUCCCCUCCAUCCCCCUAACCAGGAUAAAGUAGUUAGUAUAAAUGAUUGCAUUGAUAAACAUGGGUUACUUGAAGGAGAUUUACUGAGUCAGCUACAGUGGCAUCUACGAUUUCAUUAAACAAUGACGUUCACACAACA